CGCCAUCUUGAAUUUCGACUUCAACUUUUUCCGUUAAGAUGCGUUAAUUUUUUUUACUUUACACAUCUUUUCUUCGUCCCUUUUUAUCACCCUGAUGGAUACUGGGGACGAAGGUAUUUGUGAGGAAUAUGCCUCAUCGCUUGAAGACUUGACUUUUAAUUCUAAACCACUAAUUAACGUGCUCACGAUGCUUGCCGAAGAAAACAGUCAAUAUGCCGAGAACAUAACAAAGCUUAUUGAAAAACGCAUUUGUCAGGUGUGUGCUUAUACUUUUAUUUCUUCUACCAGCUUCUUAAUGAAACAAAAGCUCUCCGGUUAUAGAAAGCAAUAUUUUUGUGCCUUAAAACAUGGAAAAGCUAUUGAUGUAUUUACGCUAAUGGUAUUUUUAUUUUUAGCUGAAUAUGAUAGAAUACUUUGUUUUCGUUUAUAGUAAUAUUAGUUUAUCGCUAGUUUAAGUGAUUAGCCCACCGACUGACUGCAAAAUCAUUUUUGCAUACAAACUUAGAUUCUUAGAUUUACAUAUUGACCUAAAGUGAGUUUAUACUAAUACUUCAUGCCUGCAAGCUCUUAGGGUCUUUAGAAUCAAUGUAUGCAAUGCAGUCCUUGAUACUUGGUUGGCAACAAUAAUUUCUUGGAUACAUGCUGGAGCAAGGAAUUUUACUGAAAGAUGGCUUGCAGUUUUGCCAUUUUACCAUUAGGAUGGGGAAUGUGUGCUGCAAAAGCUGGCAUGGGUCUCCAGCCUUUUAAGUCAAGUACUUGUUACUGUGUUGACAAACUUCAGUGUGUAUCCCUAUUAAAUCACACCAAAAUUCACAGCUACCAGAGCACAAAUGUAGAAAGUUCAAGGUGUUUCUAUUUAUUUCUGUAGGCAAGCUUUUUAGAUAUUGGAAGUGACAUUUCUCAUGUUCUUUUGCCACCAUGGUAGCAUACUUUAAUUUUUCAAUGAUAAGGUUACAUAAACAUUUUUGGGGAAACUAUUUUGAAAAUUAUAGUACCAUAGAAGUAUUAUUGUGCGCUGUGUGAAUGCUUAUCCUCAGUCUAUUCUAGAUAUCAUCGUAGAGACUAAGAAUGCAUAGAGAAAAAAGUAUUUAAUUCAUCUUUACUCUACAAUGUUGUAUAAAGAGGACUGUAAGGGACCAAGAAUUAUUAACAGAGGGAAAUAACAAACAGUGCAAUAGUAGUGGAGGUGUAUUUAUGUUUAACAUGUUUUUGAGACUAGGAACCCACACUGUAGGUAAGAAAAGUUAGAAAGAGCCAACUAUGAAAUAAGCACCCACCUCAAAUAAGUACCUUCUCCAAAUAAGUGCCUACUCUUUAGGUUGAUAAAUUUAAGGAAUGCCCAGGGCACUUAUUUGAAUAAAUAUGGCAAUAUGUAAUUAAGGUGUUAAAUAAGAUUUUUCUACAGAAAAAUGUUACACCUCUUUUCAAGGUUUUGGAAGUAGCUCACUUAAUCUCAUACUUAACAUGUACAUGGUGUCAAAAAUUUUCAUACAAUUAUAAGUUUAAACAAUGAAAUGUUGUAAUAUAGUGUUAUUUUACACCCUUAAAGGAAAGAAGUUUAAAUAUAGGGUAGUGAAAUGAAGGUUAAAUAACAUGAUAGGAAUAACAAAGGUUUUUUUUUGUUUUUUUGUUUUAGAUUUAAUUUAAGCAAUUAUGCAUGAUUAUUUCCACCAAGAAUUUGUUCAAGCAGGUGUUAAUGUAUACUCCACUUCUAAACAAAUAUUGUAUUAAAUUUAUUUUGUGAAUAUUGCAGAUUUUUUUGUGUGGAAAAGAUUUACUUUUUAAAUACACACUUUUACAUAGCUAAUGGAGACCAGAGUACAAGUAAAAGUACAAACUAUUCUGAUUUUUGUGUCAUCUGUCAGAUAAUUUCUUAGUGCUUAUUUUUUCCAGUGUUUCAUAAUUGUUAGUAAAACAUUAGGUAGUAGAACAUUGUUCCUUAUACUUCCUUAUACUUUUUUCUCUUAUUUCAUUAGUUUGAUUCAUUUUCAAACCUGAUUUUCUUUCAAUUAUUGUUUUUACAAAUUCCUUUUGCAUAUUUUUUUCCAGCGUUUAAUAAUCGGUGAAAAAACAUUAGGUAGUAGAACGUUGUUCCUUAUACUUCCUUAUACUCUUAUCCCAUAUUUCUUGUCAUAGGUAUCACAACAAUUCAAACUACCUUCACUUUAUUUGCUGGAUUCCAUUGUGAAGAAUGUUGGAGGAGGCUACCUGAAGCUUGUUGCAGAUAUUAUGGAAAAUAGUUUUACCUGUGUAUUUGAAAAGGUAAUUUAUGUGUUACAAACUCCAAUACUGUAAUGGCAUGCUCUGUAACUCAGCUGAUUGGCUAGCUUGAUUGCUCUAAUAUAGGUGUAAGGCAGGACAGUUAUUGAUUUGAUUCCUUUGCAAAACUGAGUUUCUUUCAAUUAUUGUUUUUUUACAAAUUUUUUUCAUGUGUAGGUUACUGUGAUUACCUUUCUUUUCUUAAAAAUGUAUUCUUCAUUUUUAUGUAAUAACUAUUUUUCAGGCAGAUGAGAAGACUCGUCGGGAUCUGUACAAGUUGCGGCAUACUUGGCAGCAGUAUUUUCCAGCAAAGAUGUUGCAUGACUUGGAUGUUGCUGUGAAUAAGCAUGACCCAGGAUGGCCUAUUUCUCCUGCUCCUCCACCAAGUCCCUCUAUACAUAUUAACCCAAAGUUUCUGCCAAAGGUACUCUAGCUUUUAAGUCAAUUCAUUGGUACUGUGUAAAGAAAAAAAAAAGGAAAGAGGGACAAUUAGUUUGGAAUUGAGGGCCACUGUUAUGACAUAGAGGCUUUGUUAAGCCCUCAGUCCGGAGCUUCAGGUUUCUAAUGAGCCCCCCUCCAAACCUCUUUCCCUUCCCUGAAUUGAAACUCCAAAAUAAAAACACAAGGUAAACUAGUUGUAGUGUUAUUGAACUAUUGUCUUUUUAGUUGGCUUUGGUAGUGUUUCAGGUAGGAAUAUAUUUUCCUUGCUGCUAGAUACUUACAUCUAACAGGGUUUUCAAACUAAGGAAAGGAGCAAUCUUUAUACCCAUUAAGCCUGGAGUGUAGCAUGAGUUCAGAUGAGAUAUCAACUAACGUUGAGGCUCUCAUUGAGUUUUGAGCCCCCCUUCCUAACACAGACACACAUUCACAAUUGUCUGAUGUUUCUCCUCAUUCCUUUCUGGAAGCUCUGAAAAUUCAUAAUAAGCUUUUAGGAGCUUGUCAGAGUGUUAAGUAUAGUAGAACAUGUUUCCUUAAAGUGAAGAUGACUAGCAGUACUUUAACAUGAAUCUGCAUCAGUAUUCAAACCUUUUUUCUCAAACAACACAGGCUGAAAAAACUGGUGCAGUUUUAACUGGCAGCAUAGCUACACCCCAGGAGCAUAAGGUUGUUGUUGACCACCAGCAGCGCUUGCAUGAGUUACAGAGACUGCAAGAAGAACAGCUUAAACUGACGGAACUUGAGAUUCAGGAGCACCAGAUGAAAAGAGAUCUUCUCCUCAAAAAGCAACAACAGGAACGAAAGCUCCUUCUCCAACAACAACAGCAGCAAAUUCUCCACUUGCGAUUGAAGCCAGAAAGUACAAAAGACUCAGUACUUUUAAAUGGGGUGAGUGCUUUUUUUAAUUAUGUGAGUUGUCCAGAAAUUUAGAUUGUAAUGAGAGGGGAUUUUUUUGUUGUUUAAAAAAGGUACGUUUAUCCUGUCCCCUUUACAUUGAUGUUUAGGGAAGAUCUUUCUCUAAGCUUCUGGGGUUUACUCCUCAUGGAAGUAGUUCAGCAUUACUUUGCAUGGUGAUAGUGCUCUUAACCCUUAACAGCCUGAUAUCAGAAUGCAGGUUCGACUUACUGUUCUCUUUGCAUUUCCAAUGGUACCGACCAGGAGAGUUUUUUGAACAUUCAAGAGCUUCUUGAGUGGGUGUUUAUUUGCUGUAGAUUCAUAACCUUAAAUUUAAUGUUUGUUGAAGUAUGUAGAUAUUCGAUGCUAGUUUUUCUUAAGGGUUAAAGGGUUAAGCAUAAAGUUUAAGGACAGCCAAAGCCAUUAUAUUCUUUUAUUUUUAAUGUUGGCUGAAGCAUAAUUUGCUAGAAUUUUGAAGACAAAAUUUUAGUUUAUCUAUCAACAGCCUCCCAAUUCUACACUAAGUGAACCAGUGUCAACGAAAGCAGAGACUACAGAGAAAAUGCAAGAGACACUUAGUAGCCGUGAUCCACGCAUCCGCCAAAUUGAGCCUGAACCUGAUCAUAUUCCAGAGCCAAAACAUUUUGGUGAUUCUUCACAACAAGAUUUGAAAACUGUCCCAAUCCCCAAGGUAAAAAGUGUUCAGCAUAUGUCUGUGGCAGCCAAUUCAUCAGAAGGCUCAAAUAGAGUUCCUUCAGGAACUCAUCUUGAAAGGGAAGUUACAGGUAGUCCAAAGUAUGGUGACUUGCAAAAGCCAUCAAAACCUAAGAGUACACACAAAAGGCGAAAUUCUGGUGACUGGUCAAGCCACUCACCAAAUCAUGAAAACCACAAAGAUGAGCCGGAAGAUAUUCAAGAUAUGAGAGGGAAAGCUCGAAGGGGAAGAAGAAGGUCUAUUGAAAGGCAGAGAGAAAGAGGAAAAGGUGAGAGGGGAAGAGGUCGUGGCCAUGAACCAGGAAAAAGGGGAAGAGAAAUGGAUCAUGAAAAAACUGAGCGUAGAAUUAACAGAGUGCCAGACAGAGACUCCCGACAUACACUAACUGCUGGGAGACAUGAUGAAAUGAAUCAUCCUUUUCGGGAUGAUUUUAAGAAAAGGAAUAAAAAUUUUUUGCCCCAGAAAGAGCAUUUAAUGAAUCAGGAAAACUGGAGGAGGAGUGCGGCAGAAAUACCAAAUGUGGAUGAAAGAUCACGGCUUGGAAAACGUGGCCCUGAGGGGCCAUCCAGGAGAGACAGAUACAUAGAUAAAGAUUUCAGGGGUAGCAAAAGUCCACUCUAUGGUCGUGAGGAAUUUGUUCGGAAGGGAAGUCCAGGAAUACGUGAAGAGAGACCAAGGGGAAAUGGAUAUGAAAGAGAACAAUAUGAAAAUGUUGAACACUUUAAACCACAUCAAAGCAGUCAUGAAAUGCAACAAGAUCCAAACUUUCAAUUUAGAGAGGAAGUGCGUGGCCAUCCUCCAGUUCCUUUUCAUGAUGACCCAAGAGAGAGACAUCUGGGAGAACCUCUAUCAAAGAAACCAAGACCUCUUCUCUCAGAUGUAGAGAUAACUGAACUUCGGAACAGAAAGGGGGCACUCCCCAAUACAGGAAGAAUGACACCACCACCUGUUUUCCAUGAAGGUUUCCUUGGAGAACCCAUGGAUAUUCACCCACAUCCUAUGGAUGCUGAACAUCCUCUACCUCGGGAUCAUAACUUUGGGCCUCAAGGUCCAGGAAUGCGGAGAGAAUUUAGACCUCGUACUCCGCCUAGGCAACAACAUCCUGGAGAAUGGACUCCAGGGUUUGAAAUUCCACGUGAGCUCAUGUUGGAUCGUCAAAAUGAAAUCAUGAGGCAGGUCAGUGUAGGUCGUUGCUAAGGUUCUCCAUCCAUUCCAAGAAGUGUUCCAUAGAUUUUCAUCUUUAUAUGCUGUGGUCUUAAAAAUGUAUUUUAAGCACCAUUAUAUUUUUUCACCUAGGCUGAAAGUCGUCUUCAAGCAGGAGAUUUGACUGUGGAGCAACAUGAAGAUUUAGUGGAUAAACUUCACCAAUUGUAUGAGCUCCAAAGGCAUCCUGAUUCAAUGCUUCUGUCACGAGAGAGCAGGCCUCCACCAAAUUCUGAAUACUUACCUAGACAUAUGAUGUCCUCAAGAUUAGAGGAACCUCCAUUCAGACCAGGUGGACAUUGAUCCCAUAUAGUUUUUUUUUUUUUUUUCGGUGAUUCAGUACUUAUACGACGGGAGAGAAGGCUACUUGAUAUGUAACAAAAUUUGUCAAAAAGGAAAUGAAAACACUUGUUCAGUGUCCUUAGUUUGUAUUUUCUCAGGCUUGCCCACAAAAGAACUAGUUUUGAAUCAAAGGGAGCGAUACGAUUCCAUCAAAGUUUUAUUUCUGAACCUGUACAUUUUUUCUUUCAGGGGGUCCAUUGGAUAGGCCAGGAACUCCGCCUGAAAUAGGCCCUGGAAGACCAAUUGCCCCAAGAUAUGAUGGUCCUCCAGAGCAUCUCAGAAUACAAAACAGAGGUCCUGCUGCCAUGGAACCAGGCCACAUGAUGAGGGUUGAUGACCCCAGAUUUGAAGCUAACGAACCUGAAAUGAGGAGAUUCAAUGAGGAUUACAGAGGACCGCACACGGAAGUGGAUCGCCCCUCACUCGGUAGACCAUUGCCAGUGGGUGGUCCUUCCAUAAGAACGGACAGACCAUUUGACAAUAGUCCAAGGGUUGAUGGUGGGUUGAACCCUCAGUUUCCACAUGGGAGGCAUGUGGAGGAGAUUGCACGACAUCCAGGCAGUCAUGAAAACAGCCCAGGGUCCGUAGUUACACCCAGCACACCACCAAGGCAGGAAAAAGGUAAGUUCACUUUAAACCUUUAACUCCUCAAAGUGACUGGCUUCAAAUUUUUCCUUACAGUAUCACCUUUGAAUCAAUUUUAAAGGUCAUGAAAAUUAUGGAAAAUGAUCACCAAUUUGAGAAGCUCCUGGUUGUCGAACAAUUUCUCCUUGUCGUAACCCUUCAAAAUAUAGAGAGAAAAGUUUGGAAAUAUUACAAUAAAGGUGUAAAGAUCUAAUCAUUGAAAUGUUGUGCUUUGGCUGCAUGUGGAAAAAAUCUUCCUUGAGGAGAGAUACGUGGAACAAUGUCAAUUUUUCAAGUAGAACGUUUUAGAUGUGGUUCAUUCUUGAUUAUUGAUGGGAAAUAUUUAUCAGUCACGUAUGCAUAUAUACAUAUAUAUAUAUAUAUAUAUAUAUAUAUAUAUAUAUAUAUAUAUAUAUAUAUAUAUAUAUAUAUAUAUUUAUAUAAUAAGCUUAGUUAUGCGCGCAUUCUGAUUGGUUCUCACUUAUGAACUAUUGGAGGACAGACGUAUAGGUGACGUCAACACUAAAACCUUAUUAAUUCUUUAUUAUAUAAAACAAGUAGAUUCCAAGUUGCCGUGCGUCUGUUCAGUAAUAGAUCACAGAUCACACACGGCAACUUGGAAUCUAUUCGUUAAAUAUAUAUACAUAUACUAUUUCCCUUUGCAGGCCAAGAAGUACCGAUCACUCCCAACACUAUGAUGGAGAAGAGGUCUGUUGACGAUCUCUUCCGAAAACUGAUGGAUUUCGGAAUAAUCAAGGUGAUGCCUGAACCUGUUAGUGAACCCCCUCAGCAUGUCGCCUUACCAGCUCCCCCUCAGGCUGAGAUACAAAAACCACGACCCCUCCCUGGACCACCGGUUUCUCUUCCCGGCCUCUCACUACCAGCCAUAACUGCAGAACAGACGCAACCUCCAAAAGUGGAGAAACCAGUCAUUCCACCGAUAAAACUUGUUCCCGAGGACCUCAAAAAGUAAGCUUAUCGUCUUGGGUAUUACAACUGAUCACCUGCAGGCAAACUAUUUUUGCGCCCUUUAAUGAGUUUCGUCAAAUCAAAACCAGGUUUAUCAGAACGGAAAAAGUCUGAAGGAGCUAAUAAAAAACCCUAAAUAAAACAAAAACUCUACGAGUGCAAGUAACCAAGUCGCUCGCGGUUGUUUUAAGGUGCAUCUGAUCGGUCAAUUCGAUUGCUCUUUUUUUUUUUUUUUUAAGACCAAUCCCAGAACGAAGUGAAGCAAAACCGAAGUAAUCUUGAUUUACUUUCACACGAAAUUUGCCUCAGUUUCAAUGUCACACUGUCUCUCUGUAUUUUUUAUCACUGCGCAGGCGUCACGAUAGUGUUAUCGCCAGUCUUUACGAUGGCACGCAAUGUUCAUCUUGUGGGCUGCGGUUUCCUGGUGAAGCUGCAAAGAUCUACCGUGAGCACUUGGAUUGGCAUUUCCGUAAAAACCGCCGAGAGAAGGACGGCAGGAGAGUGGCACACAGGCAGUGGUACUUUGUUGUUAAGGACUGGCUUAAUUACGAAGAGAUAUCGGAUCCAGACGAAAGAGGUAGCGUUUUGGCGUCUCCAUCGGCAAUGUUCAGUAAUUUUAUUUUUUCCGGGGGACUCCCUUAAAUUUUUCUGUACUCCUUUUUCUUCCAGAUGGGAAGAAAAAAGUAAAAACAAGAAAAAAAAACACACAUACAUACACACAAAUGAAACCAAUUAAAAAACCCGAAUAUUCGAAUAAAACAGCGAGUUUUUAUGGAUAGCGUGUCCGGCAAAACAGAUGAAACACAUCGAACUAGGUAUGCCCACAGAUAAAUAUUGUCUGUAUAUCCGAGGCAGUUGGUGUAUGCCUUACGCACAUAAUCUGAUUUUGAAGAACGACUUCAUAUGAAGAUAACAAGUCGUUAUGAGUGCGUGAAACAUGUUCUAUUGUGCAGUGUCGCAUUUUUUCUUCCUACAGCAAAGAGUUCGUUCUUUGAUAUCAGCAAGGGAGCUGUAGACUCUCCAGAUCCACUGAAGGAAACAGAAAAGGAGUUUGCAGAUGGUAGCUGUCCUGUGCUUGCUGGUGACACAGAAGCUGAAGCGGUAAGGGUGCUCUGUUAGUUCUUGUUACCGAAGAACCAGUUGGUGAACAAAAUACCUUGGUUUUCACCAACGGAGUUGACAAUGUAAACUGUCCACCGUAAAGAGUUUCUUCCCUUCGUUAGAGGGAAAGGGCUGUAUUUUCAACUCAUUUCACAAAACAAAAGUAUCUUGUAAAACCCUCCACCGAAGCAGCCCUACAGUUUCUUAACCCUUUCCAGCCCGAUAGCUGGCACAGGAUGCUAGUACAUGUUUAAUAUUUAUUCAUUUUUUGUGAAAUUUUCACAACCUUAAGGUAAAUGAAAGAUCUGCACAUCGAAGACAUAACAUCAUGGCCCCACCAAUUUAAGACUUGGUUUACCACCCCAGCAACUUUGGGAACUUUUUGUCUUUGUACUGUAAUGGUUCAGGUGAUAUCUCACCACAAUCAAUGUUCUGAGAGCUGCAAUUUAGGCUAUAGUUUAGUGGUAUACCCUAAAUAUACGAGGCAAACAAAACAUUUCCACGUUUUUUAUUUUUACUUUGGAAACUUGUGUCUUUUCAGACUUAUCCCCUUUAUUCAGUUGAGUAGCGGUUUUGACCAACACCUUAUUUGUUUCCUAGGAAUGCGACAUCUGUUGCGAGAAAUUUGAGCAAUUCUGGGAAGAGACUAAUGAAGAGUGGCAUUAUAAAUCUGCCGUUCGCAUUGAUGGCAAGGCGAGUUACUAUUUUUUCCGUUGUUUUGUUUUCUUUUUCUUUAACUAGCUGUUUCGGUUUAGAGGUUUGUUCAAUGUUUUUAUGCUGAGUUAAAAUUGGGUUGCAGACGUACCAUUAUUUGUGCUAUCAAGACGUCAAAGAGGUAUGUUUAUUUUUUCAUGUGCGCAAAGCUGUUGCCCUAAACACAUUUGUAAGUCAUGGCUCUUCAAUCUAUGUAGUUAAAGAGAUUGGUUGAAAUGUCUUUUGUUUGAGUUCUUGCGUUAUAUUUUGUGUUAUUUUAAUCAAUUUUAAGACAUCGUUGUGUACUUUUGGAGCAUACGAUUUCCUUGUAAUCUAGACUUCAAGCAGUUCUCUUUUUCUCAGACCAUUGCGGAAGAAAAUGGAGGAUAAAAGAAAAGAAAAAAUUAAAAAGAUAACCAAAAACAAUACAAAAAUCGGUGCCUUCUUUGUGCUAAGUUCUCGCGCAAUGCCCCUUGUUGUUGUUGUUGUUGUUGUUGUUGUUGUUGUUGUAUGCGUUACCCGGCUGAUUGAGUUGGGAAAGAUGAUCUGCUUUUAGCUGCUGUGGGGUUCCAAUCUAAUUGAGAUAUUCUGUUUUUUCUUCCUCCUUGUUGUAAUUCUUUGUCAUUAUCGUUGUAUUUAUUGAAUAAAAAUAACAAAUAUGAUGUUCCUAAUUCUUACAUGUGUUUUACAUGUAUCCGUUUGCCGGACUGGAGAGAGACUGUAUGGUAUGCAGGUGUUGCAGUACAAGUCUCCAGAAACCAGCAGGAAUCUAGAACAACUAACGAAUCCCUUGCGCAUUUUCUUUCUUCUUCCCUUUUACUUUGUCUUUGGUACAAUCAUUGUACGUUUUGCCUUUUCAUACCACCGUGUCACGUCUAGACCCAAAUUCAAACAGAAGAGGACGAAAACGAGCUGGAGAAAGAUGACGAAAACGUUAACACUUCUUUGGAAGAAAAAUCGCCGGCAAAAGAUGGAGCAAAGACAGAGCAAAAAUCUCCGCAAAACGGUGAAGCGAAGGCAGAAGUGGAACACGCGGGAGGUCGUGAUAGGGAACCAAAAAUACCUCAGAGUAAAGAGGCGUCCGAAAGCAACCCUCAAAAAGGAGAGACUGAUAAAUCAGAUGCGGAGUCUUCGGCAUGUGAAGGAAAGGGCGUGGUUAGUUUGUCUAGUAAUGUUAAUGAAAAUAAAGAAAAUGAAACGAAGGGUGAUGAAACAUAGUCACUCUAAUUCAGGGCAGUUCCUUGAUGGUCGGUCCGUCUUCCAUUAGCAUUUCAAACUGCCAAAUUACAUAAAAAAGAAAGAAAGAAAAAUUGUUUCAAAAUCAUUCCCUCCUUUGUCCCCUGCUUGGAAUCCCAGCUGUUGAUUGUAAUUUCAGUUGUUUCCUUGGCGUGAAAAGCGCGAAAGUUAUUAGAGACUUGUUCUGUGCGCAUGCUUCUUGAAGAGGUAAACCCCCUCGGCAGUUUUGGUUGCCACUGUCAUUUCCCUAUGUUCCGAUAAUUUUUUUAUUCGUGAUGAUUAUGUCACCUUAUCGACGUUCUUGCGCGCGAUGGAAGCCUAACAUUGAAGCGUCCGGAGCUCCAUCAGAUACUCUUUAUCAAAGAUAAUUCGGACUGAAUUUUGAAGAAACAGGCUGUUUGAAUGGAGUUCAAUUUAGCUAACUCAAGAAUAAAGAUAAUCUUCUUGAGGUGUGGUAACUCGCAGUAGUUACUGCUUACCUGAUGUACAAUGCCUACAAGCUGUGGAAAUAAAGAAUUUCUUAGAACUUGCUGCUGUUGAUUUUGCUAUGGUUAUUUCUCAUUAUGUUACUAAUAGCAGGCUAUCGACCUGACUUGAAAUUUUUCAUGGAUUAUUUCUCAUUACUCAACAUUAGACGAGUUGUGCGUGUAGAAUUUCCUCAUCAGGAUUAUUUUCAAGUGGAACUGAAAGCCCGGACCGCUGUUUUUACGAUAAUUUUUGUAUUGUGAAGUAGGUAAAACUUUCGCUGAAAACUUUCGCUCUCGCAUGAGUAGCAGGCUCAUUAAAGGAACAAGGCACCUGAUACCCAGACGUGUUUAUGGAAGAAUUGCUUGUGAUUUUCUUCCUUGUACCCCAUUUUACUUGUUUCCUGCAGGACCUGCUACUCAGGCACCAAUUAUGAGGACUUGCGAACGUGUGGUUGUGAUGGUUUCCUUAAAUGUACUCUGAUCACGUGAAUGAAGAAUAAAACGUUUUGAACUUU